AUGGAUAUGCUGGACAACGAAUCAACCAACAAUCCUCCAAAAGCAGCUUAUCAUGCAGUUCAGAAAAAGAACGGUGGCAUAAUAGGUGCUUCUUCAAUAAGCGAUCUUCCGAGGAAUCGGGCCCAGGCGAAGUAUUUUAGGCAUAGGCACAACGAUAUGCGUAUCCUCAACAAGAAUGAUUCCGUGCUUAUCCUACUGGAACAAUGUAAACGUCAGCAAAUAGAGCGCUAUGUUUUGCCAUUUAUUCGAGAAGUAACUGGUGCCCCAGAGCUUAGAUGUAUAUUACCAUUUGAUUGGCAACUGAACGAUUUGGCCGCGUUUUGUAGCGAUCCAGCUCAGUUCUAUGUAUUUGGCGUUGAUCCAACUUUUAAUCUUGGACUAUUCAAUGUCACUGAUACCUCAUUCAAAAAUCUAAAAGUAGUUGAUAGGAAAAUUGUGUUCACCCAGUUAUGAUUGGCCCAUUGCUACUUAGCCAAACGAAGACCUUUGACGCCUAUAACCAAUUCUUCAGUAAGCUUGUCAGCCUGAAUAAGGAUGUUCGUGGAAUUUUGGCACAUGGAACUGACGGAGAAGAGGAAUUGUUUAACGCAUUGAGUGUCAGUUUCCUCCACGCCUUACAUUUAAGGUGCUUUAUUCAUUUUCGCGAAAAUUGUAAAGAAAAGUUAAGGUCAUCCAAUCUCCCAGAGCAGGUCCAGAAAGAAUAUCUGGCUGAUAUAUUUGGACGUCGUGUAGGAAAUGUUUGGGAGCAAGGUAAACCGUAAACAAUUAAACAUCAAUUUUUAAUUUUAUAAUUGAAUGUGAUUAUGCGUCGCAAGUAAUCUUUUCAUAGAACACUAUGUUUAAUUACAUUUUUCACUUCUACAGGUCUCGUUGACGCAAAAGAUGCAAAUGAUUUUGAGCGCAAGCUAGGCGAGGUUAAAGAAUCUUGGAAAGGAAUGGAAAGGAAAGGAAAAGCAAUAUCUCCCAAACAGAAGUCCACCUGCAUUCUUUGA